GUUGAACUAAUAAGACGUACUAUGUGAGCUCGGAAAAGAAAAAAAAGACAUUUUUUAAUAUUUAAUUAAAUUUAAUAAUUAAAAAAAAAUAAAUAAAUAAAUAAAAAUAGUUUAGUUUAAUAAAAAAAAUAAGACAUGGAUCCAAAAAAGACAUUAUCAGUCCCAGAUUUGGGAACGUACAGCCUUCAUGGAGUCUCACACUCUUCAUUAAAUAUUGCCAAGGAAAUUCCUGGAUUUAGGGGCUCAAAUGAUUUUAUACUAACGGAAACGCGACGAGUUUCCAUAAUAGAUACCGCAAAAGACACGGGACAUUGGUGCCAAAGAAAGUACAGACAAAUUUUUAGAAAGAAAAUGUUGUAUAAACGGAUGCCGAUUUUGAAUUGGCUGCCAAAAUAUAGCAUGGAAGAUGCAAUUGGUGAUUUAAUUGCUGGAUUAACGGUUGGACUGACAAUUAUUCCUCAGGCUUUAGCUUAUUCUGGCAUUGCUGGAUUAGAUCCACAAUAUGGGCUCUACGGCUCAUUUCUCGGCUCCUUUAUCUACAUCAUCUUCGGUUCCGACAAAAAUAUUCCAAUGGGUCCGACGGCCAUAGCGUCUCUUCUAACGUUUCAAAUUGCACGCGGAAGUUGGCAAAAAGCUGUUUUGUUGUGUUUCUUAUCGGGAUUCGUUGAACUUUUUAUGGGAAUUUUAGGAUUAGGAUUUUUAAUUGAUUUCGUUAGUGGACCGGUAGGCUCAGGAUUUACAAGUGCGGUGUCUUUAAUUAUUUUAACGUCGCAAGUUAAGGAUUUGUUUGGCAUAAGAGCAAAGGGAAAUACUUUUGUGGAAAUAUGGAUAUCAAUUUUUAAGGAUAUUCACAAUAUUAGAGUUGGAGAUACCGUUAUGGGGUGCAGUUGUAUCGUCAUUCUGUUGCUUAUGAGGAAAUUUUCCAGCAUAAAAUUCGGUCCCGAAGAUGACAACGAAAAAUCUUGGUAUCAUAAAGUACUGAACAAAAUAUUUUGGCUUAUUGCAACCGCUAGAAAUGCUAUUAUUGUAGUUGUAACUGGAUUAAUUUCGCAUGCGUUGAUUCAAAAUGGCUACAAAGGCUCCUUAAAAAUUAUCGGCGAUAUUCCGAGUGGUCUUCCAACGUUUCAGGCUCCUCCUUUUAGCAUUGAUGAAGUCAAAAACGAGACAGGACACGUAAUUCAGGAAUAUGAGUCAUUUUUCGAUAUGAUUUCCUUCCUCGGCUCCGGUAUUAUUGUUAUUCCAUUGAUUGCUUUGUUGGAAAAUAUGGCAAUUUGUAAGGCUUUUGCUAAUGGGAAACCAAUUGAUGCAACACAAGAACUGAUCGCUAUUGGACUUGCUAAUAUCGCAAAUAGUUUUUGUUUGGGUUAUCCGGGAAAUGGAGCAUUGAGUCGUGGAGCAGUAAAUAAUGCAUCGGGAGUUAGAACGCCAUUCGGGUCAUUUUAUACAGGAGUACUUGUGAUUUUGGCAUUGCUAUUUUUCACGCCGUAUUUUACUUUUAUUCCAAAAGCAGCGUUGGGAGCAGUGAUUAUAGCAGCGGUGAUAUUCAUGAUAGAAUUUAAUGUCAUAACGCCAAUGUGGAAAUCUAAGAGAAGUGACCUGAUUCCUGGAAUUUCUUGUUUUCUAGCGUGCCUUAUUUUACCUUUGGAAAUUGGUAUCUUAUUGGGCAUCGGAGUUAACGUAAUUUUUGUACUAUACCAUGCUGCAAGACCGAAAAUUCAUAUGGAAAAGAGAUGUACUCCAAAAGCCACCAAAUACUUACUUAUUACGCCCGACAGAUGUCUAAUUUUCCCAUCUGUGGACUACGUGCGAAACUUAAUUAACAAACAAGGCAUCAAACUUCAAACUCCCGUGGUUAUUGAUUGUACUCACAUUUAUGGCGCAGAUUACACAGCUGCAAAAGCAAUUGAAAUGUUACUGCAGGACUUUGAAUCACGGAAUCAACCAAUUUAUUUCUUGAAUUUAAAACCAAGUGUGGCAAACGUGUUUGAAGGAGCCGAACUAGACUUUCACGUAUUUUAUACUUAUGAAAUUCUGGAAAAUGCCAUCGAUUUGUGCAAAUAUCGAAGAGAAUCACGUGUAGUCUGAAUUAGUUGAUGAGCAAAAAAAUUGAAAAAAUACAAAUUUAGUUAAAAUUAUUUUACAAAAAAAUUUAUUUAUUUUUUUUUAUUUAGCUGCUGUAUAAAAAAUUAUAAUUAAUAAGGCUGAUAACAAUAAUAAUCGAAAAUGUUUUAGAUUUU